GCAAGAAAAAACAGUCUAUGAGCAGUUCCUGUGGCAUUUCUGUCCGUUUCAGGACAUCCUCCGCAGGGUUGUGUGCUUCUCUUGUUGCUCUUCUGAUUCCUUCACCCAGACUCUCUGCGCUCUGCCUCGCCAGGGGAUGGGGAGCCACGGGGGCGCAAAUUAACAGAUGGAAAGGAAUAUUUUUAUGUCCUGUGAUUAAAAAGUGAAUAUUGUGCCCUAAGUCUGCCGGGGACCUCGUCAACCCGCUAGGAGUCUGCUAAAAUCCCAGAACAUGGCCUAGCAGCUUCACCUAACCUCUGGAGGGAGCUUGACCACAAAACACUGGAUUGUACUAAUAAUACUUAGCACCUGCCAUCAGAGGAUCUCAGAGCACUUUCUAAGGAACCGAAGGUAAUUGCCAGGUUGCGGAGAAGGAACUGAAGUUAUCAGCAUUGAGGAUGGGCUGUGUGAAAUCCAAGGAUGCCAGAGUGCAUGGCAAGGACUUCAAAGCUGAUUCUAGCCCUAAUUUCCUGCAGCCCCACUAUGUGAAAGACCCCACAUCCACUAACAAGAAAAGCAAUAACGCCUCCAGCACGACUCAGCCCCACACAGCGGAUGGCUCCGAUGACUACAUCGUCCUGGCCCUGUAUGACUAUGAAGCGAUACACAGUGAAGACCUGAGCUUUCAAAAAGGAGACCAGCUGAAGGUCCUGGAGAAGUCAGGAGAGUGGUGGAGAGCAAAGGCGCUGACUGGGCAAGAAGGCUACAUCCCUAGUAACUACGUUGCCCGGGUAAACUCCCUGGAGACAGAAGAGUGGUUUUUCAAAGGAGUCAGCCGGAAAGAUGCAGAGCGUCAUCUCCUCGCUCCGGGGAAUAUGAUUGGGUCCUUCAUGAUCCGGGACAGCGAGACAACCCGAGGGAGCUAUUCCUUGUCUGUGAGAGACUUUGAUUCCCAAAAUGGAGACACAGUGAAGCACUAUAAGAUCCGGACGUUGGACAGCGGUGGCUUCUACAUCUCCCCUCGGAACAGCUUUGCCACGCUCCAGGAUCUGGUCAGCCACUAUCAGAACCAAAGUGAUGGGUUGUGCCAGAAGCUCACUUUCCCCUGUGCUGCGCCAAAGCCACAGAAACCCUGGGAGAAAGAUGCCUGGGAAAUCCCCCGGGAAUCCCUGAAGCUGGAGAAGAAGCUGGGAGCUGGGCAAUUUGGAGAAGUCUGGAUGGCCACCUACAACAAACACACCAAAGUAGCGGUGAAGACCAUGAAGCCAGGGAGCAUGUCAGUGGAAGCUUUCCUGGCAGAAGCAAACCUAAUGAAGAGCCUGCAGCAUGACAAGCUGGUGAAGCUGCACGCGGUGGUGACCAAGGAAGAGCCUAUCUACAUCAUCACUGAAUUCAUGGAGAAAGGCAGUUUGCUGGAUUUCCUGAAAAGCGAUGAAGGCAACAAGCAGCCUCUCCCGAAGCUGAUUGAUUUCUCUGCCCAGGUUGCGGAAGGAAUGGCUUUCAUCGAGCAGAGAAACUACAUCCACAGGGACUUGAGAGCUGCCAAUAUCCUGGUGUCAGCCACCCUGGUGUGCAAGAUUGCAGAUUUUGGACUGGCCAGAAUCAUUGAGGAUAACGAGUACACGGCCCGGGAAGGUGCCAAGUUUCCCAUUAAAUGGACUUCACCAGAAGCCAUCAAUUUUGGAUCUUUCACCAUAAAAUCAGACGUCUGGUCCUUUGGAAUCCUCCUGAUGGAGAUAGUUACCUAUGGGCGGACCCCAUACCCAGGGAUGUCUAACCCAGAAGUGAUCCGUGCCCUGGAGCGUGGAUACCGAAUGCCGCGCACAGAAAACUGCCCAGAAGAGCUGUAUGACAUAAUGAUGAGAUGCUGGAAGACCAAACCAGAAGAUCGUCCUACCUUUGAGUACACACAGAGUGUUCUGGAGGAUUUCUUUACUGCAACAGAGAGCCAGUACCAGCAUCAGCCUUAAUGUAGAAAAUCCAGGGACAGCAAUGAAUAUCCAUAACUGUGCAUACUAUAGUACCUGUAAUAUACACACUCAGUCUGUUCUUCUCCUGUCCCAUCCCUCCCUUAGUAUUCCUUUAUACAUAUUGCCCACUUCCAUCAGCCUCUUCUUAGACACCAAAGAUUUCCUGACACUGACUUGAUUGAAGUUGAGAGGCAGAAUGCAGUAGCAUUACAUUUCAGCCUCCUUGGGCUGUGAACUCCCUGGAUAAGCUAAACACUGUUAGGCCUUGUUAGUAUUUAGGUGUGAGACUGCUAUGGAAAGUCCAUUGCUGCAGAAAGUCUUCAGCAGAUGGCUCCAUUCCCUUUAAAUCCAUAUAGAACUAUUUCCCUAGCAUAGUUCAAGAAGGGACUGUGAUGUAGAAGGUGCCAUCUUUCCAACGAGAGAGAAAACUGUGGGCUUGACUCUAUAAAGAUCCCAUGAUGCUUGUUUGCUUUAUGCAGAUAGGAUAACAGAGCAAAUUACAUUAUGAAUAACUACAUUCUGACUAAAAUCUCCCCAUGCAGUUUCAAAUAAAUAUAGUUUUCACUCCUCAUCACAGUCAUGUGUUGGAGUUGUGUACUGUUAAACAGCUGCUGGAUUUCACCCUAGAAGUGGUCGCUUGUAAAGUGAUUUGUAAAAGGCUUUAGGAUCUCUGGAUGAAAGGUGCCAUGUAAAGCCUCUUUCAAACCCAUUUCUCUUUUGUGAUGGUUUCCUGCAUGGAUCUGAUCUGCAUCUUCUUGUGGGUGAACUAUUGGCAAGUGCAUUAACUAAACUAGAUAUUGAGCUCCUUGGAGCAGGAACCUCAUCUUUUUACAAGACACGUCAAAUGCCUUGCACAUAUAUGGUAGUUUAUAAAUAACAGACAUUGGCCUGAUUUCCCCUCCCCACCCCCAGUUGCUCUGGCAUAACAACAGCAGAAUUUUGAUUUUUCAACUCUUUUCUUGAGCUGUUUCUGCAGGUUUUAUAGUGGCACCUUUGUGAUUGUCUGAGAAUUACAGGAGUGUUUCCUAAAAAACAUGUUAGGAACACGAUGCUCGGGACUGAUAUAUUCUCAUGCAUUUUACAAUGUAGAGUAGGUGGCACUGGAAAUCUGAAGAGAAAGUAGUUAACUUCAGUGAUUCCAUCCAAUUUGUUUCUCUGGGCAGGGGAGGAUAGCACAAUUUGCAGUUUAAUAACUUGCAUUUCUAUGAAGGAACCCUGCAUUUCUUGCACACUUAUUUCAGGUUUUUUAGUAUUUAAAGAUAGAUUAUGGUGGGGGGGGGAGUGGAAGGGGUGGCAGGAGUGAGGAUAAAGAUUUUUGACAUGUUUAAGUCUCUCUUUUUCCUAAUGAAUUUUUGAGAUAGUUAGGUGACUUUCCCCGUAACAGGAGAGAGACAGUGGAGGAUGUGCUUCUAUCUCAGCUUUGAUUUUCAGUCAAUAAUUAUUAAAACAUUUUGCAUUGUU